AUGUCUUCACUGAGCUCGCCGACUGCCUACCUGCCACAGCACGAUGGCGUACUCCCCAAAUGGCUACUCUUCCUCGCCAUCGUCUCAAUAGGCAACUCGGUGCAAUGCUACCUCUCCCUGGCCGGCUCACGUCAAGUAUACUCCGGUGUAUCCAAGACUACGCAAUCGACUGGCGCAGGCGACAACAAGACCUCCAGCCAGUCUCCCGUCAACGAGCUCAGCGCCAGAACUUUCGGAACCUGGACCGCUCUCAGCAGUAUCGUCAGACUGUAUACUGCGUACAACAUCACCGAUCCGCUCAUGUAUCAGAUCUGCUUGUGGACCUAUGCACUGGCUUUCGCCCAUUUCUUCACGGAGUGGCUGGUGUUUGGCUCGGCGAGGUGGGGCAAGGGUUUGGCGAGUCCUGUGAUUGUGAGCACGGUAUCCACGGUGUGGAUGGUGAUGCAGUGGGGCAAUUAUGUGGCGUAG